GUUUUUUCCCCUUGAAAUUAAGGAUUAACGCUUCCAUUCGAGCUGUGAAGACGGUGGUGCUGCGCCAAUGACGGACGAAACAGAGAAUGCUGCUUCUGUGACGGAGCAGGGUAAAGGUCCGUCGAAGAAAGCUAUGAAGAAGCAAGCCAAAGAAGCCGAGAAAGUAGCGAAAAAGGCUGAGAAGCAAGUGACAAGCGCACAAGGAGACGGUGGUGAUCAACCUGAUAUAUCCGAAGGUCGCUAUGGAGUACUGCCUUUGAUAACAUCUAUCGAGAAGCCAGAUAGAACUCUUGUUAGGAUCGGUUCUCUCGUGAGAACUAUUGAUAGAACUCUUGUUAGGAUCGGUUCUCUCGUGAUGUAAAGGUAAAAUCUGAAGUGAUAAAGAUGCAUUUUUGCGGGUGAGGUCAAAUAUUUCAAUCCAGGAAAGCAGUGCUUCUUCGUUCUACGCCAGCAGCACUUCUCAGUGCAGUGUCUUGCGAUGGUUUCUGCGAGUGUUUCGAAGCAGAUGGUGAAAUUUCUUUCGAAUGUAACGAAAGAGUCGCUUCUGGACGUGCAAGGUGUUGUGAGGAAAACGGAUCAGAAAAUCGUUAGCUGUUCUCAGCAAGAAGUCGAGCUCCACGUUGAGCAAGCAUUCGUAGUGAGUGCAGCGGAGCCCGUGCUCCCAUUGCAAAUUGAAGACGCAGCUCGCUCAGAAUCGUCGCUCGAGGAAGGCGAUGGUCCGAGCAUCCGAGUUAAUCAAGACACUCGUCUUGACAACCGCGUUUUGGACCUUCGCACCCCUGCGAAUCAGGCAAUUUUCAGGAUACAAAUGGGGGUUUGCGAACUGUUCCGCCAAGCACUUCAACGCCAGGGUUUUGUUGAGAUCAACACACCGAAGAUCAUCGCUGUGGCUUCAGAAGGCGGUGCGAAUGUCUUCGAAGUGACUUACUUCAAGAACUCUGCUUAUUUGGCGCAAAGUCCUCAGCUCUACAAGCAAAUGGCGAUCGCGGCGGAUUUCGAGAAAGUGUACACGAUCGGCGCCGUUUUCCGCGCGGAAGAUAGCAACACACAUCGUCACCUGACGGAGUUUGUCGGUCUCGAUCUCGAGAUGGCGUUUCAUUACCAUUACCACGAAGUCGUCGACGUCAUUGGACAGAUGUUCAAUGCUAUUUUCCGCGGUCUAGCUGAUCAAUAUUCCGAGGAAAUCGCGGCUGUGAAUAAGCAGUACCCAGCUGAACCGUUUCAGUUCUUGGAUCCUCCAUUGAGGCUGGAGUUCAAAGAAGGUGUUGCCAUGUUGAGGGAAGCCGGGGUCGAAACGGGCGACGAAGAAGACUUGAGUACACCCAACGAAAAGCUACUAGGAAAACUCGUGAAAGCCAAGUACUGCACGGAUUUCUACAUCCUGGACAAAUUCCCGUUGGCGGUGCGUCCGUUUUACACAAUGCCGGAUCCCCAGGACCCUCGUUACUCAAAUUCCUAUGACAUGUUUAUGCGCGGCGAGGAGAUCAUUUCUGGGGCCCAGAGGAUCCACGAUCCCAAGUUAUUGGCGGAAAGAGCCGCGUUGCAUAACGUGAGCUUGGAUAAGAUCAAGCCGUAUGUGGAUUCCUUCCGUUACGGAUGUCCUCCACACCGACCUCCUCCCUAA